AUGCAAAUGAAACUCGUCCCUGGAAACUCCGCAGGAACAGUCACAACACUCUACUUGAAAUCACCUGGAACAACAUGGGACGAGAUAGAUUUCGAGUUCUUGGGGAAUCAAAGUGGAGAUCCUUACACACUUCACACAAAUGUCUACACACAAGGCAAAGGAGACAAAGAACAGCAAUUCAAACUCUGGUUCGACCCCACAGCUGAUUUCCACACUUACACCAUUCUAUGGAACCCACAACGGAUCAUCUUCACCGUUGAUGGAACUCCGAUCAGAGAAUUCAAGAACAUGGAGUCUAUAGGUACUCUGUUCCCAAAGAACCGACCAAUGAGGAUGUACUCUAGUCUCUGGAACGCAGAUGAUUGGGCAACGAGAGGUGGUUUGGUCAAAACCGAUUGGUCUAAAGCUCCUUUCACUGCUUCCUACCGUGGCUUUCGCCAAGAAGCUUGUGUUUGGUCAAACGGAAAGUCUUCUUGUCCUAAGGGCUCGAAACAAGGAGCCACUGGCUCGUGGCUGUCUCAGCAGCUUGACUCAACGGCUCAAGAAAGGAUGAGAUGGGUGCAGAGAAACUACAUGAUCUAUAACUAUUGUACGGAUACAAAGAGAUUCCCUCAAGGUCUUCCAAAGGAGUGCUUGGCUGCGUAG